AUGCCGCCAAAGAAGCGCGAGCGAAGUCCCAGCACCACUCCGGUACCAUCGACCGAAGCCGCUCAAAACGAUGGCACCCAGAUCCCUGAUGCCGAGUGGGAGGCCAUGCACGAUCUCCUCCAAUACAUCUACGACUAUCGCACUCAAGACGGCUUCGACCCUUCCAAACUCUUCCAUCGCAAAGUGAACAAACGAGUCAUCCCGGAGUACUACGAGACCAUUCAAGAGCCCAUCGCCUUGUCCACCAUCAAGCAGAAGAUCAACACACGCGCGUAUGAGACUUUCUCGCAGUUCGUACGCGACUUUGCCCUCAUCCCACACAAUGCGCAAGUCUUCAAUCGACCGGAUAGCGGGGCUUUCCAGGAUGCUCUGGUCAUCAAAGAGCAGCUGGAGCAGCGCUUGCAGAAGCUGGUGGAAUCGGGCUUGAUCACCAAGGAAGUUGCGCAGCUACCAGACCUGGGUGAAAUCCCUACUUUUGAAGAUGUCCCUGUCGAAGAGGCAGAAGGCGAAGGAGAAGAGGAGGAGGAUUCUGACGAAGAAGGCGAGGAGGACGAAGAGGAAGAGGAACCUGAUUUGGACGACGAAGGAAAGCCGGUUGUGAAGCGGAAACGGGGUCGACCGCCGGGCAGCAAGACGAAGCAUCGAAGCGGGGAUGAUGAAGGCGAGAACAAGCGUUCCAGAGGUCGACCUCCGAAGCUCUUGACCCCCAUGGAGGCGCGCAUCCUUGCUGUUCUCAAAGGCCUCAGGAAGCCGAAAAACAACCGCGGCCAGCUAAUUAUCGGACACUUCGAACGUCUUCCCGACAAAGCAACUAUGCCAGAGUACUACGCCGAGGUCAAGAAUCCCAUCGCGUACGAUACCCUCAAACGGAAAGUCAAGCGAAAGAAGUAUCCCACCCUGGAAGCCUUCAUGGCCGAUGUGAAUCUCAUGCUCAACAAUGCCAAGGAGUACAACACCGAUGACUCUCAAAUCUUCAAAGACGCGACGCAGCUGCAGAUCGAGGCGGGCAAAUUGUACGACAACGAGAAGGCCAAGCCCGAUGACACUUUCGCAGAUGACGAGGGCAAGAUCCCCAUGCCGAACGGUAUACUGCACAACGGCGAACUGUACCGAGUCGGCGAAUGGGUCCAUCUGCAGAACCCGAACGACCUCACCAAACCCAUACCCGCGCAGAUUUACCGAACAUACAAGAACCCGAAUGGUCAGAGUAUGGUCAAUGUGUGCUGGUACUACCGCCCGGAGCAGACAGUCCAUCGUGCCGACAAGCACUUCUACAACAGCGAACUCGUCAAGACCGGGAGAUACCGCGAUCACAACAUCGAGGAGGUGGAGGGCAAAUGUUACAUCAUGUUCUACACGCGCUUCUUCAAGGGCCGACCGCGUGGACUCCCCGAGGGAACGGAGAUAUAUGUCUGCAAGGAUCGCUACAACGAAGAGCGGCACCAAUUCAACACCAUCAAGACCUGGGCGAGCUGUUUACCGGACGAGGUGCGAGACAAGGACUACGAAAUGGACCUUUUCGAUCACCCGCGCAAAAUGAAAAAGUUCCCUUCUCCAAUCGCAUAUCUGUUGAAAGACGAUCAGAAGGAGACCGAUGAGCUUCCCAAAGUUACUUGGGGCGCAGACGGCGCGCCUCCAAAGAUAGGCGCCGUGCAUCGCAGGCCAAGGACCGAGAAAGACUCCCCUCCACCCGAACCCACCCCUCCACCGCCGCCGCCGAAAGUCGAGACUCCGGCGCCACCCAGGCCCAUGGCCACUGCAGCCCCAAGCUAUCAGAGCUCGGCUCUGGCUUCUUCUCAGCAGAUUCAGCAGCAACAGCAGCGGCCUCCGAGCACUGGCGUGAGACAAACGUCCUUCACAGCCCCACAAUCGCAAGCCACGUUCGCCGCGCAACACGCGCAGAGCCCGAUGCCUCAGCUCCAGCAGCGACCACCAUCGGCCCACCAAGCGCAAAGCUACAACCCAGCCACGCCGCACACGCAGAGUCAGCAUCGACCCAUGGGUCAACCGAUGCAGUAUCACCAUAUCCAACAGCAGCAGCAACAACAUCACUCCGAAGGCAUCCCUCCCAACCCCGCUCUCUACGCGCCCCGCGCCCCCUCGACAGACUACCGCAACCCACCGCCAAUCGAGGUCUACACACUCCCCGACCACGCCAAUCUCAGCAUCCCCGCCGAGAUCCGCGAGCAAUACCAACGCGACGAGUUCGGCCGUCUGCUCUUCUUCACCACCCCGCCCGUCUCCAACAACAUAACCAACACCAACACCCCCUCUUCAAUCCAAGGCCACAGCGUACGCUACCUAGCCGCCAAAGCCCGUCGCGCUGAAUCCCAGCAGGCUCAGCAAACCCGCCAAGCCGAAACCGACGAGCGCGCCGCCAAGAAAGCGCGCACGGCUUCCAACGCGCAAAUCACGGCCGACGUCGAGGCGCUUAAGCGGAAAGCGCUGGGCGUGCUGGCGACGCAGCUGGCGCGCAGUUCCGAUUUGGGGGAUGUGGAGUUGGGGAACCUGAGCGCGGCGCAGCGCGCGAUGAGCGAGCAGAUGUCGGCCGUGGCGGCGAAUGAGGUGAAUCGGGAGAAGAGGAGGCGUUUGAGGCUUGGAGAGGUGGAGAGGGGGUAUGGAGAUGACUGGGAUUGGAGGGUGACGUGA